UCUCAAUAUUUAUUAAAUAAAUCUAGGUUUAGGGUUUGAUGUGCUUAUAAUCAGAAAAAAUCUUAAAGCGAAAGGUGUGGAGAGCUAAGGUUAAAGAGCAGAAGGAAAAUUCAGAGAGUUGAAAAGAAGAUUAUACGCAUAGAAAUUAAAGAAAACAGAUUAUGGCUCCAAUCAAGUUGGUGAUUAAGUUGAAUGGUCGGCCAAUUUGUAAGCGAAAAUUAGAGAUUGAAGAUCAUAAUGGGCUACAAGAAGAGAAAUCAUCUAAAAAGGAGAAGUUUAUUGCGUCGGGAAAAACUUUGUUUAGUUCUUGAUUUAGAUCAUACAUUACUUCACUCGGUUAAGAUUUCGGAUGUGUCGUUGGAUGAACAUGACUAUCUCAAUGGUAAAUCAGGAUUAAUUACUUGCAUGAAGACUGUUGGGAGACAUAGCUUAUACAACCACAGGGGAAGGUAUACAAGGUUAAGGCCUUAUGUGCGAGAUUUUCUAGAACAAGUAUGCCAGAAAUUCGAGCUUUACGUUUAUACGAAGGGAGAAAGGUGGUACGCUAAAGAGGUGGUCAGAUUGAUUGAUCCUAAAAGUGUUUAUUUUAAGAACAAAGUGAUUUCGAAAGAUGAUUCUACUGUCAGAAAUCGAAAAAAUCUAGACGUGGUGUUGGGAGCAAAUGCAACUAACACGGUAAUUAUCGACGAUACAGAAUCAGUCUGGAAAGAGCACAAAGAUAACAUCAUUCGCAUCAACAAAUUUUAUUAUUUUUCAUCAAGAAAUGGCGGUGGACAUCGAUUAAACAUGGAUAAUGAUGAGUUGGAUGAAGACGACGGUGCCCUCAAAAGAAUCUUAGAAGUUCUGCAGCGUGUUCAUGAGAAGUUCUUUGAAGAGUUCCCUGCCAAGACUGAUGUUAGACCAGUGUUGAAAGCGGCGCUUAAAGAAGUUUCUGCAAAUUGAUUAAUUUCAGUAAUUUAGUUGAUGUUAAAUAAUUUUGUAAUGUAGUUUCAGUGAUUUGGGCUUUCUCUUUUUUAAUUUGUGCAGGAUAUUAUCAUAUGGACUUCUUUGCUUCUGGGUUCUGGGGAGCUUCUGUCCUGUGCGGCUAUAAUAGGCUUAAUCCAAGGAAUGCAUGGUAUUAUGCAUUGUUAUGGUUUGUUUUUCUUUAUGCAACAUCUCCCCUUAUUGCAGCAACCUAACUUGUUUCCAUGUCACCUUUUUCAUCCAUUUGGGUUAAGCAGAAGUUUACUCUUUUCUCCGUGAAAGUCUA